AUGACAUUGGCAGAGGAAUUCCGCUCGAGAAACUUCAUCCUACUGAGCAACGCUCUGGACCGUGGAACUGACGAUCAUAGUGUCUCGGGAUUGAUCCUCAUCUUCAUUGAAGUUCCUUUCUUGCUGAGAAUCUGCCCUACCUCCUCCAAGUUCGAUGCCUUCAUUCGGCGCUUCACCACCAACUGGAUGCGCGCUGCGAUGUACGCCAUCAUGAGUGUCGUUCAAUGGCUUAGUCUUCUCCCCGGCUCCGGUGCUUCCAGUUUGAUCGUCGCAGCCGUCUUCUUGCUGAUCGCCUCCAUAUUCUAUGCUUUGGCGGGCCUGAAAAGCCAAGAAUUCGUGGGCAGCAAGACUCUUGGUGGGCAGGGACUUGUCCAGAUGAUCGUUUGA